GAUUUCCACAGAUUUGUCCUUUCCAUGACUUGUUAACAAUAUUGUUUCAAUUUUUAAUUGGACAUAUGUUACAGCAACAAUUCCGACUCUCGUACACGAUGAAAAACGAUAAUUCGGGUCUAUUUAGCGUUAGUCCAACGCGAUGACAAAUUCAGCGAGAGACGAUACCGUGCUUGGUUUUUUCCUCAUAUCGAAUAUUUGCGAUCAGCCGUUUCCUGUCGUUAAUUCUGCUGUAUAGAAAGGGUAAAAUAAACCAUCCUACGUCGCGGAUAACCAAUGAUUGACAGAUAUCUUCGUUGCUCUUUUAGUUCCCGGAUUGAAGCACCUCGUGCGGAGAAUUUUACCGCGCAAUUGGCAAUUUAGCACGCGCGCGCAGUUCGCGCAAGCGCCGAGGAAUUUUCGAGCUUUCGAAGCGGUUGAAACACGUCCGCCCUUUUCCUCCCUGUCCUCGUUUCUCUCUCCUUCUAUUCCUCUUUGUAUUCCUCUAUUACUCUCUCUCUAUUCUCUUCCUCUCCUCUCCUCUCGACCCGCUGCACCGGCUGUCGUUAUAUGUACCUACAUGUGCACUUCGAAGAGUUCGUCGCCGCCGCCGGCGUCGUUGUCGCGGUUUCUUGGCCGCGGUGCCGCACACAAAGAUACGUUGGGAAUCUCGACUAUUCCGUUUCGGAGGAUUUGCUCUGCGCCCUAUUCUCACAAAUUGGGAAUGUCAGGGGAUGCAAAGUCAUCAGAGAGAAACGCACGAGGUCGCAGAAAAUCUUAGCGCAGGCGUCGGCGCGAUGCGCACGAGUAGCAAAAAGUGCGCGCGCGCAUCCACGCGGAUCAGAGCGGGAACACAACGACAUACACACGUAGGUGAUGAUCCUAAUCUCGUGUGUAGAAUUAUACGGUCGGAACGUUUCACGAAGGUGGUUCCAGAUCGUGACUACAUCGCACAGCUAUUUGGGAAAUGAAACUAAACACAAAGAAGUUAACAAAUACGAAGAUUUUAACGAAAGAUAAUUCUUCCUCUGCCUGGGAACGCGUGUAACAAAACUCGCCAGACGUUACGUGAACUGUUUCAAAAAAAAAAAAAAAAAGAACUCGAGGCGCGGUACGACACGGAAA